AUGAUCUCGCCAAUGGAAACCCUUCACGAUGCACCAAGCGACGAGCUCGACCCGCGCGAAGGACUGAACAGCGAGGAAUUCUUCCCAUCCGAAACAGCUACCGCAGUCCCUUCGCUGAGGGCCGUCAACCAACAGUACAAGAGUAAAACAGAGCUUGCCGGCCUGUUCGAGAAGGAAGACAGCUUUCCACUUCCCGACGGUUACCGCCACGUAGGAGUCGUCUUUGAAGGCCUCACCGUACACGGAGCCGAUGCUGGCCUUCAACAUGUCGAGUCCUUCGAAGUCGCUUUGUUUCAGAUGGUCAACGUGUUCCGCUUCAUCAAGCAGAUAUUCAGCUUUACAACCGGACCGACCCGCCCGAUCUUGUCCGAUUUUUAUGGUCUUGUACCCGAAGGCGAGACUAUGCUAGUACUGGGACGUCCCGGAUCAGGAUGUUCGACUCUGCUCAGAGCGUUGGCAAACGUACGAGAGCCAUUCGUCAAGGUCGAUGGAGAAGUCUACUAUGCCAACAUCCCUGCAGCUGAUGCCAAAAAGUACCUGGACGGCGAGAUCAUCUAUAACACCGAAGAAGAUGAGCACGCGCCGGUCCUUACCGUCGGUCAGACCCUGGAGUCUCUGCUAGCCCUGAAACGACCGCACAACAUCAAGAUCAAGCAUUUCAGCAAGAACUUUACGGGCAGGAUCCUCGAUGCUUUCGGCAUGUCUCAUGUUCGAAACACACUUGUCGGAAACUCGUACGUCAGAGGAGUCUCCGGUGGCGAGCGCAAACGUGUGUCCCUCUCGGAGGGUCUCGCAACCAAUCCUGCGAUUGCGUGCUGGAAAGGCGCUAUUCGAGGGCUGGAUUCCUCUGUAGCUCUCCACUACUUCAAGGUGAUGAAAGAGCUCUCCCGAUCGACAGGAAUGGUCAACAUCAUUUCCACCUAUCAGACCUCUCAGCAAGCCUACGACUUGAUGGACCGGGUGGUCGUCAUCUAUUCAGGCCAUCAGAUCUAUUCUGGUCGAGCGGACCAGGCCGAGCAAUACUUUGUCGACAUGGGCUAUGACAAGAACCCUCGUCAAACGGUUCCCGACUUUCUGACAUCCGUCACUUCUGUAACCGAACGUCGAGUGCGACCUGGGUUUGAAGGUAGAGUGCCACAGACCGCAGAAGAAUUCGCAAGCUACUUCCAAGGGAGCGACCAUUUCCUGCGCUUACAAGAGGAAAUCAAGAUUUACAAAGCUCGACACGCCAAUGCAGACAAUGGAGAUGCCUUCAAGAUGAGCGUGAAGACAGCGAAACACCCAGGAACGGGUCACGCCACCGCCUUCCGAGUCAACUUUGCACAACAGAUUCUAGUCCUCUGUCGUCGUCAACUCCAGCUGUUGAACGCCGAUAGGUGGACGUUCGGUGCUCGCCUCGGAUCCAACAUCCUCCAAGCGACUUUGGUGGGAGCGAUCGCGUAUAAACCUCCCGACACCGCGAACGGUUCAUAUGCUAUCGCUGGAGCGUUGUUUUUUGUCAUUCUCUAUUACACCAUCUUCGCCCUCGGAGAGAUCCCGGCCACAAUCAACUCGCGACCCUUGCUGGUCAAGCAUCGGGGAAUGGGAUACUAUCACCCUGCCGCGCAUACUAUUGCUCAAAUCCUGACCGACAUUCCGGUAUACGUUUUCCAAACGCUGGUCUUCAGCGCCAUCUUUUACUUCCUCGUCGGAUUACAAUCGCCCGCCCAAUACUUUUUCACCUUUUUCUUCAUCAUUUUCACUCUGUACAUGUCUGUCUCCGCCAUGUACCGGAUGAUCAGUAGCUGGACACCCAACCUCUCCGUCGCGCUACGCUACGGAUGCAUGGCGCUGUCCGUGGUACUUACCACGGCAGGGUUCGUCCUCGCGCCGCCGAAUCAACUCGGCUGGAUCAGCUGGCUUCGUCGUGCGUCACCUGCCGCCUGGGCCUUUGAAGCUCUCAUGGCAAACGAGUUCCGCGGACGAACUCUGCGUUGUGCUCCGGAAGAUCUCAUUCCGAAUGGACCUGGGUACGGCGAUCUUCAGUAUCAGAUAUGCACGAUAGCUGGUGCAGUUCCUCAAUCCGAUACGGUAUCUGGUACCGCCUACAUGGAAGCUGUAUACGGUUUCCAGACAAGCCAUGUGUGGCGAAAUAUCGGAAUCCUCUGGGCCUUCUUCGCCAUAUACGUGAUGAUGAUCUUCAUCGGAUCCAGCCUUAUGGUUCGCGAGACUUCCGGCUCGGUCCGGAAGAUCUUCAAGAGAGGAGCUGUGGCUUCGGCAACGCCCCAAUCAGUCUCGACGACGCCCCGUCACGAGGGAUCCUCCGAAAAGGUGCGACCGGACCUGGAAAACCUUCCGGUGUUCACUUUCGAAGACGUGAGGUAUACGGUGCAGGUUGCGGGUCAGGACAAGCCUUUACUAAACGGGAUCUCUGGGCUGAUCCGACCAGGAUACCUCACAGCCCUAAUGGGUGCCUCGGGUGCCGGUAAAACCACCUUGUUGGAGACCAUUUCUGGCCGCAAGACGACUGGCAAGGUGGAAGGCUCGAUGCUUGUGGAUGGCCGGCCCCUCGACGGGUCCUUUUCGAGACGAACGGGUUUUGCGAUGCAGGCCGAUAUCCACGAGCCGCUAUCGACCGUCAGGGAGUGUUUACAGUUCUCCGCGGUCUUGAGGCAGGAGAACGACCGUACAAGGGAACAGCGUCUGGAAUUCGCCGAGAGCAUCAUCGAGCUACUCGAACUGGAGCCGAUCGCCGAUGCCAUGAUCGGAACUUCCGGGGUCGAUGGACUCAACGUGGAAGAGAGGAAGAGGGUGACGAUCGGAGUCGAGCUCGCUGCUGAUCCCGCAUCGCUGCUCUUCCUGGAUGAACCUACUUCCGGACUCGACAGUCAGGCUGCUUAUGAGAUCGUGCGCUUUUUGCGAAAGAUCGCGGCUUCAGGUCUAGCAGUCCUUUGUACCAUUCAUCAACCUUCAGGAGAUCUCUUCGAGAUGUUCGACGAGGUCCACCUCUUGAUGCGAGGGGGCAAGACGGUAUACGCCGGGCCGACGGGACCUCAAGCUCGGAUCGUCGGGGACUACUUUGCUCAGAGAGGCUGUGUGUGUCCAGACGAUGCCAAUCCGGCCGAAUUCAUCUUGGAGACCGUUUCCCCUGUCGGAGGCAGCUCGAUCGAUUGGGCGAAACUUUGGCAAGACAGCGAUCAGGCGCAGAAGAUGCUCAAUGAUAUCUCGACCAUUACGGGCCGCGGCAAAUCGAAUACCGAAGGUAGCUCGGCGACUCCCGUGAGAGUGACCCCGUUCGCGACUGGUUUCUCCACCCAAUUCAAGGAGCUCUUGCUUCGAAACGCCCGGGCGCAAUGGCGAGCCGGUAGCUUUUACGUCACUCAGCUGGUCAUCCAAGUCUACUUUGGCCUGUUCGUAGGGUUCUACUUUUACAAGCUCCAGCAUACACCUGGCAACAUGCAAUUCGCCGCCCUCGCGCUCCUCGUCGUAGCUCAAGGACUCCCCUGCUUGACGGUCGAUCUCGCUUGCAACAUGCUCGACAAGUUCAACCUCUUCCUAGCGAGAGAACGUCUGGGGAUCUACUCUUGGUAUGCCCUACUGAGCAGCUUGAUGGUGGUGGCCAUGCCUUGUCUGCUGGUUUCAUACAACUUGCUGUUCUUCUGCUACUACUGGACGCUGGGGAUGAACGGGACCGCUGCCGAUGGAGCGCUCGUAUGGUUGAACUGGAACGUGACGGCGUUUUUCACGUCGUCGUUCGCCAUGCUGAUCGGAGCGGUCUCGCCUUCGGCCCUGGCGGUCCCUUAUGUCAUCUCGCUCAUCUGGAACUUGUUCAAUAACCUGUCUUGGGCAUUGGUGGUUUAUGAGGGGAUGCCAUCCCCGUUCCAUUAUUUUUUCAGCUGGCUCUCUCCUCUUCGAUAUCUCUAUGGGUCUCUCUUCACGGCGACUCUGGGAGACCUCGCGUUGCAAUGCGUCGAGUCCGACCUGAUCACCUUCUCGCCCCCCGCCGGACAGACGUGCCUCGAAUACGCUGGUGCUUUCCUGAAAACCUCGGCCGGGUACCUCGUCAACAACGACGGUCUCACCAACUGUCUUUACUGCCCGAGCAGUUCCGGCUCGGACUAUAUCGAGAACCUCGGGUACUCCAACGAGACCAAAUGGAGGGAUUGGGGUAUAUUCGUGGUAUUCAGCGUUACGACCGUAGGUACGGCGUACUUGAUGGUUUGGUUCUUCAAGAUCCGUCCGCUCUACCGUAAAUGAGACCCAGUUUCAUUACUGCCGCGACAAUGCUGCUCGUAUGUUCGUGCUUGGCAGCAAGCAACGGGCAAUUAUAUUGGAUGAUGAUGUAUAGAAAUAGAUGGC